AUGCACUCCGCUUCCCUCAUCGCUCUUCUCGCUCUCGUCGCCGGAGCUUCUGCUCAAUGCUUCGGAGGAGGUUGUGGAGGACCGAUCUUUCUUCCACCACCGCCAUGCAAUGGAGGAGGAUGCGGAUGCAACGGAGGAGGAUGCGGAUGCAACAAUGGAUGCUGUGGAAACAACUGCCCACCGCAGGUGACUGUCGUGCAAGUGCCGAACAACAACGGAUGCUCGUGCAACCCGUGCUUCGGAUCCGGCUGCGCUCCGAUGUGCAACAGCUGCCCACCACCACCAAUCUUCCUCGGAUCUUCCUCUUGCUGCAACAACAACAGUCAGUUCCUCUCCACUCUCUCCUCAUUCCCAUCCUUCCCUUUUCCAGACUUCUCCUGCUGCGGAUUCCGUCAUCGCCGUCAUCUGACCGCCGCCGCCGCCGCUGCUUCGAACGAGACCACCGAGGAGGCUACGACUGCUGCCCCAGCCCAGGAAUAG